GUGAAGACACGUGGCAGGCAGGCAGGCAGGCAAUGAAACAAGCGAGUUGAUUGUGCAAAGAAGAAGGGAAUAGAGGAUGAUUAUGGUGGGUAGCUUGUGGUAAAGACACGUGGCAGGCGGAGAUCUAACGCGGAGUGCCGACCAAAGAGCCGAAACACGUGGCAGUCAAGCAGGAGGAGCAGAGAUGGACUGAUUGUGCGAAGGAGGAGGGGAUAGAGUAUAUGAUUAUGCGUAGUUCGUGGUAAAGACACGUGGCAGGCGGCGAUCUAACGUGGCCAGACGACCAAAGAGCCGAAACACGUGGCAGUCACUCGCUCGAUUUGACACGUCAGACGCAUACAUACUUUAAAAGCGGACGGAUGCAGAUGCUAUCUUUAGCUUGUGGGCGACGUGGUUGCUAGUUAUGACAAGAUGAGCUAAGAAGAUAUGUGAUUGGAAGGAAACCGAAUGCUCCGAUGGCCUCCAUGGUGCAGAAGCAUAUCAAUGGCAGGAGUGUAUUCUCUCUGCCUUACAGUGAUCCAGAACCCAUGUACUCCGGCAAUCUGUCUAAAUUCCGUGGGAGGAGAAUCUUCCAGAAGGAGGAAAUGGAAACUGCAGGAACGACCUGGAGCCGUGGGCCAUCGGCCCUGGUCCCGAUCCAGGGCCAGAGGACAAGAGAAAGUUGAAGGUGUCCUGGUGCCGAGAGGCGCAUCCGCAUCCCUGUCAGUGCUUGGGCAGGGAGUGCCGAGGGGUAAAUUCGACUUGCGGCAGCUGCUCCAAGGGCAUGUUUGCGCAGGGUGCAGACGGAGAGCCCUGAGCUGUACUCCCCCCCAUAGAAUCAGGGUCAGAAAUCUGUCGCAGCGGCGUUCCGCGGCACGGAAAAUGGUUCACCUCCUCUCUUCAACCACCACCUCCUCCUCUUCCUCGUCCUCCUCUUCCUCCUCCUCCCCCGAUCUGGAUCAACCGGUGAGAUGCAUGUCUCAGGGAGAAGGUCCUGCAAAUUGUGGUGGCGAUGGCACGGGAUCAAUCUCCUCCAGCGGCAGGUCGGUUGCGCGAUCUCGCAAUCGACCCAGCUAUGUCGUGGCGCCGAAGCAGCACUUGGCUGGCGGCGCAGGGAUUCAUCCCUUGGAUAGUAUGGACGGUGCGGAUAUUGACGUGGAGGAGCAGAUUCAGGACAUCAUUGCGAAGGGGAUGGAGGUGAUGUCAAGCAUCGAAGCUCUCGGAGGGGACGGUUUGGCGUUCAUGCGAGAGCUACAGGUGCUGCAGCAAAAGGCAGUCUUGCUUUCGACACAAGGGAGGGAGGAUGAAGUCGAUAAGGUGUUUAAGGAUGGUUUGGAGAAACUUAUGCAGGAUUUUCGCAUUGUGCAGAGGACGGAGGAUGAUCUCGGCGAGGCCACCAUGGACACGAUCGAGGAAGAUGUGGAAUACUACAACCAUGAUUUUGAUAACGAUGACGAUGACGAUGUAUGGCUUGAGAAAGACAUGGAUCUGUUCCUUGCCGGGCCCUUUUCAUCGUCAGGGAGGGAGUCGAAUGGCGUCAUUGUGGACGGGUUUGCGGAGCAAUGGGGAGGAGUAGGAGGUGGAGUAGGAGGUAACGCGCCGGAGACCUUGGAGUUUGCCAGCAUGGUGGACGGAGUUAGGAUCUUGCAUCUUCCGGCGGACGAACACAAAGAAGGAGGUGCUGCUGCAGAGCAGUGGAGUGUCGAAGGCAGGACGGAGGAGGCCAGGAGGUCAGCAGUUUGGAAUGAGGAUCUGGACCAAGCUCCUCGGCGCGUUGGAUCGGUCUUUGAAAAGGCCAUUCAUGACGCAAUGGGCUUGCCGAACACCUAUGUCGAUGAUGGGGAUCUGGUGGAGUCGACUGCCGAUCGUGUUGGUCAGAAGGAGUUGGAGUCGCCCAAGUUCUCGGCGAAUGCUUUGGAGUGGGCGGAUAUGGACGAGGUCGAUUUAGAUAAUUUGGAUGUGGAAUUCAUUGACGAUUUCGAGAGCAUGAGGGUGAGGGCGACGGAGCUGAGGGAUAAGGGGAAGUAUUCCGAUGCCAACGUUUUCAUCAUGAGGAGGCUAAAGGAGCUGAGGGUGAAGUACAAUCUUAGUGCAGGGACGGUGAGCGCUACGAACGUCUCCGAGUUCAUCGAAGACCUGGAAGCUCUAAGUGCCCGUAUCGAUGCAUUGGAAAACUCCGGCGACGCGCAGGACGAAUCGGUCUCUGAAAUGGAAGACGGUAUAUUGAACAUCUUGCAAGACUGGGCACUGCUUGUGGACGACGACGACUCAGAUGAGGAAGACGGGCAGCGCGACGAAAAUGCAAAUGCAUUUGAAAAGCAGAAGCCCUUCACGGGAAAUGAGCCAGGCAGCCCGCGAGAAGAGGUCGACGAUAUGGUGCAGGAAUUGGAAACGGUGAUCGCACUGCAAGCGGAGUGGAUGGAGGAGCUCAGCGCGCUUGGCGGUAAGGAAAUGAUGAAAGAUGUUGAGAAACUGAAGAACACCGGUUUGGCGCUAAUGCAGCAGGGGCGGGUGAUGGAAGCAAAAACUGCUCUGCUGGAGGGGUGGGAGCAGCUGAAGUCUAAAUGGGGAAUGGAGUCCCUCCAAGAGGACGAAAGCGAGAGCGAGGGCGAGGGCGAGGGCGAGGGCGAGGGCGAGGGCGAGAGGGAAGGGAAGAUCUCCCAGAAUGAAGGCGAUAACAAAGAGGACAAAUUGUCGAUGAAUGCAGCAGCAUCGUCAAGGAGCAGUCGGCGGGAUGCUCAAGGAGGCCUUGUGAAUCAGGAGGAUGCAGGUGACGACUACGGUCAGGGAGCUCUGCAUGCCAUGGAUGCAAUCACCGAGAAGGUUGGAAUUGUCAGCGGAGAAAGGGCAGAGCCAUACUUCGGAGCAGAGCUGGAGACGGCAAAAAGGGAGGGGAAGAAGAGCAUCAUCGGAGCUGAGUCGCAGCAGCAGGAGGAGGAGGGGGGGGGAGAGGGGGGGGGGGAUAAGGAGGAGGAAGAGGAGGAAAAAGGGGAAAAGGAGGACGAUGAAGAAGAUGUCGAGGACUCAUCCGAAAAUUUUAUGCCUCGUGAUGUUAGGGAGCUGCGGGUCAAGGCAGCCGAGCUGUGGUCCAUGGGACGUCAGGAGGAGGCCGAAGACGUGGUGAAUGAGAAACUGGCGACGUGGCGAAAGGAGCGAGUAGAUAUAGAGACCAGUGUUAAUAUGGUCACCAGUGGAGGUGUCAAAAUGCCUAUGUUUGGAGAAAGAGGGCAUGGUGUCGCCGAUUCUGAUGAGAGGAACGGUGUCGAGGUUGGAAGUAGAACAGAGCAGACUGCAUCCAUGGCGGCGGAAGCUCGUUCAGACUGGACUCGCAAAGUGUUGAGCGAAGCCCAUGCACUGGAGUUGCUGGCAGAAAUCAAGCAAAUGGGAGGGGAGGUAGAAGACGCGGAGGGUCUUCUGUGGAAGGCGGUAGAACUUGCUGAGCUAUUGGCCUCCCAGGGAGGCAUAGGCGGGACGAGUUUGGCGUUCUGGUCCCUGCGUCGGAUGCUUUUGUGCCUUGCCACGCUGCUAAACAGCAGAGGCGCCCACGAGGAAGCUCUUGCCUGCCUAAAGAGGGGAUGGAGUGAGAUCGAGUCGCCGUACAUGGAGGAUAGCGUUGACUGGUUUGAGGUGUUGCUUGCGUUCGGGACGGCCUACAGCGGGCUCCGUCAGCUGGAGAAAUCCGAGCCCUUGUAUCGGAGAGCGAUGAUUAUCAAGGAACGCGAGGUUGCGGCUAUGGCUUCGCAAAAAGGUGGCGGCGGCGAAGAUGGGGGCAGAGAAGAGAGGGAGUCCUUCAAGGGCUUGAUGAUCGUCGUAACUAAUCUCGCGCACUGCGUUCUGAAUCAGGAAAGACUUGAGGAUGCGCAGCUGCUGUUUGAGAAGGUGCUGGACAUCGCCCAGCAGGUCGAUUUUGCCGACUCGAUGACGAUGACAAUUAGUAUGGCAAUGUGUGGCCUUGCGAGAGCCCGCCGUGACAUGGGACACUAUGAAGAUGCGGAGAUGAUAUUCACGGAUGUACUAGAUAUCUUAGGACCGGAGGACGUCCGCCUCGAGAACCCGUUGACGGAGGCCGUGCACACAGAAUUAGCUGAAGUGUUGCAGGUGCUUGGGAAAGCGAAGGAAGCCGAAAGCCUAUUGAAGAGAGGCCUUGCUCUGAAGGAGAGUGCAUAUGGGAAAUUCCAUCCGGAGCUGGUGCGCUUGCUGGAUGGCCUUGCCGGGCUGUAUGUACGGCAAUCGGCGCCCGAGCGAGCAGAGCCUCUGCUCCAGCGGAGCACACAGAUUAUGCAAAUGACGCAUGGGAUGGAUUCACAGGAGUUUGGUGAUGGGCUUGAAAAGCUGGGCCUGACUUUGCACAGGAUGGGAAAGAGUAGCGAGGCGGAACCGCUGCUGCGGAGGGUGUUAAGCAUGCGCGAGCUGGCAUUGGACGCGGACGACUUGUUGAUCGGCGCAGCGUGUCAUAACUAUGCGAUCGUGCUCGAACGGCUUGGCCGAAUUCAGGAGGCAGAGGUCCUUUUGUGGCGCGCGCUGCGAAUCAAGGAGGCGGUGCUCGGAGUAGAACACGAGGACAUGGCACCAACGCUGGAGGCCCUGGCAGGGGCUCUUUACAAAUUAGGAAAGACAGAUGAGAUGGAGCCAUUGAUUGAGAGACGAAAGAAGAUUGUUUCCGCGCAGCAAAUUGAAAUUCGACGACCAUGGGUCCAUCACAUUUCUCAAUGGCCCGAGAGGGCAGGUUAAGUAACUUCCUCGACGCCCUCUCCUCACUCCGCUUAUGCAAAAGCUCGCUCCUUCUGGUUGCCUUUUUUCCCCUCUCUUCUUCCCAUCGGAGCUCUCUCUCUGGCCAAGUAUCCAAUCGUCAUCCACUUGUCACCGCCGGUCUCUGUGGGCACGAGCAGGGACCCAGCAGUCUCCUAUUGUUGUGUAUAUGCCAUCUGGUGUCUGUGGGCACUAGCAGGGACCCAGCAGUCUGCUAUUGUUGUGUAUAUGCCAUAUGGUGUGCAAUUUUGUUCAUUCAAAUGAGGCAAUGAAAUUCUGGAAAAUUA